UGCGUUGCUAGUUGCUCGUAUUUAUUGUGGUUUAGUCUGCCAUGGUAACUUCCUAUAUUUCCUGACUAUAGCCAAAUUCUUGCUUUAUCAGGUUUUAUCUCUAUUUUUUGUUUGUUGAUUAUUUUUUGUUUCUAUUCGCUUCCUAGCUCCCGAUUCUUGGUAUGCACCCGAAAGUGGGCUCGUUCCAUAUCUUAGGAUUAUAAUGCUCAUCAGCCACGCAUCGCGCGCAAGCGUCAGAAGAGAAGAAGUUGGCAAGUGGCCAUGGCUGCCACGAAGACCGCCUCUAGCUGCGGAUACCAGACGAGCCGUCAACCACACACGACCAACGUUGUCGAUCCACGCUCGGCGACCACAGCGUCCCCCACUGAAGGGUCCAAGAGCGGCCUCUUCUCGGGUGCCACUUGUGCCUCUUCCAUGCGAACUGGCGGCGGGUCUCCGCAGGAGCGCAGCUUCUGGAGUGCCUACUCCUCCAUCGUCCUUCACCUGAACUCCACGUGUUUCGUGAGUGCCGCGGACGUGGCUUGUGCCUUGGCCACUAUCCUGGUGGUAGGGGUGCUCAUCGUCGCACUGGUGGUUCUCACAGACAGAGGCAGUCAUGAUCCGCGCAAGCAAAAAAUAGAAGUCGUCAUCCGCGGCCCCUUUGGCGUCCUGCGCGGGAUCGUGCAGCCAGUGACCGGCCGAAAUUUCUCUUACUCUUUCUUCGGCGUUCCUUUUGCCCAGCCGCUCAGUGAAACCAAGCGUUUUAGGCCAUCCCAACUACAGGUCGUCCGGAAGGCCCUGCCGAGCAGUACCUCAGAUACAAACGUACCGAUAUUCGGCAGGCACGUGUUCAAUGCGUCCUAUCCGCGGCCUGCCUGCAUCCAGUCGCUGCCACUCGAUGUCGAGCGUGCCGUUUCCGAGGACUGCCUUCACCUGAACAUCUGGACGCCGUACCCUAACUGCACUGAACGUAACCUGCCCGUGUGUGCCCACCGCUCGGUGCUUUUUUUCGUGCAUGGCGACAACUUUCAAGAAGGCGGAAACAAUGACCGCCUUCUGGACGGUCGAUACCUGGCUGUUAUGGGAGACGUUGUUGUGGUGGCGCCAAACUACCGACUCGGUGUCCUCGGUUUCCUAACGGAUGGCACCGACGACGCUCCGGGAAACGCGGGCCUCUACGACCAGCUCACCGCACUGCAGUGGGUCCGCGAGUACAUUGGCUACUUCGGCGGCAACGGCUCAGACGUGGUGGCCGUAGGCCAUGGUGCCGGCGCUGCGUCCAUCGGUCUGCUCUUGUUCAGCCGCAACACAUCGGCCAAGCCACCUGCGGCGCCCAUCUUCGACCGCGUCAUACUCAUGAGCAACGGUCCAUUUGGCCGGUACCCCGACAGCACCACUUAUUGCCGGGAACUGCUGCUAGAAGAGGCGUCGCGACAUGUGACGUGCGGUAACGUCAGUUCUCCGCUGAUGUGCCUUCAGAACGUAGAGAAUGCGUUGGAGUUUGGCCGGCCCGUCCGCCCCCAGUUCUUCCCGACUUUCGGCCAGCUGCUGCCUGACUUGCCGAUCAAGAUGGCUAGUACAGUGAAGGUGCGCUAUAUGGGUGACGCAUAAGACCAAAGGCGUUAUGCUGAAAAGAAAAAAAAAGACAGCUCCAUCAUGUUGUGUCUGCGCGAAUAAAACGUAGUUCGUUACCGCUUUACACCGCAGCUUUUAGUGGCACUACAAGCGCUCGAAAACGUCGUAUGCUUAUUUCCUUCGUUGUUCUAGAAAAUGUUGAUCAUUCCCGUUAUUUUCUUGUCAUGAGGGAAUGCGGGCGAGUAAAUAUAUGUGUGCAGGUAAAGGACAUAGUAUGAGGACUGAUGCUAGACGCUUGCUGCAUCGUCAAAAGUUGCCGUAGGACUCAAUUCCAUCGCAAUAUGUUAAUUGGCCCAAGAUGGAGAAAGCUUUA